UACCCCUUACCCCCACCCCCCACCACAUGUAACAUAGACAAAUUCAAAGCUUGUCACUAUCACUUAGUUAUUAUGAUGAACUGCAACAACAUUUACUAGCAAUUUUUUUGAAUGUGAUCUCUCUAGUUUCUGUUUUUUUGUUCAAAAUCCAAAACCCCUUGUCUAAAAUCUUAAGAAAAAAGUAACCCCAAAUGUGGCCAGCUUUAGUUGCAGCAGCAGCAGCAGGAUCUGGUUUUUUAGCCAAGAAAAUCCUUAACCAAAAUGCCACUGAACCCAUCUCUGGUUCCACUGAAAGUGACAGCAAAUGUGAUAAACUCAAUGACCCUGAAGAGUUUAUGACUUCCUUUCAACAUAAAGAUUCAAUCUUUACUAGUAUUUGUGAUAAACCCUUUAACCCACAAGGGCAUAAAGAUUCAAUCUUUAUCAGUACUUUUGAUAAACACUUUGAUCCAGAAGGGACUAACACUCCCUUUCAGCAUAAAGAUUCAAACUUUAUAUGUAAUCUUGGCUAUAGCAUUCAAGAAAAGAGUGAGGGGUUCUCUGAUGGGUCAAUUUUUAGGUUUUCAAGUGCUUGUGAUUCUGAAAUGGGGUUUAGGAAUUUGAGGAAGAAAAAUGUGGAAGGUUCUAGAAAGACCAAAGGGAAUGUGAUGGAGUGGAAGGGAAAAAGUGGUGGGAAAUGUGGAAAUGUGAGGAGUGGUGAAAAGGAAUUGUUUAGGUUGGAUGAGAGGAAGAGAGGAAAUGGGAAGAGAUUUUAUGUUUGUUUAAAGAAGAGGAGAACUAAUAAAGUUCCUUCAGGGAAAUGUGAUUCUUGUGCUUCCAAAGGGAAUUCGUUUUUUGGUUAUGGACUCGGAAUUGGAAUGAUGUGCAUGAUGUCAGCUGGGAAAUCUGAAAUCAAUAGGCUUAACACUACCAUGGAUGAAACUGCAAAAGCUGUAGAGGAAUUAAAAGCUGAACUUUCUAGGAAAAAAGUUGCACAUAACCUGUGUGCUUCGAAGAAUGAAGUCGACAUGGAUGAAAAGAAUAAUAGAGAAUGUAGAAUACAUGUGAUUGCUGAGAAUAACAAUGAGAACAGGAAUAUUUAUAGAGCACUAGAUCUCCAAGUGGCCGAGGAAGGUGAAUGUGCUAGCAGUGUCAUUACAGAAGAGCCACAACCUGAGGUUAUGGAAAUGGAUCAGCUGGAAGCUGAGCUCGAAUCCGAGUUACUAAAGCUUCCAUGGUGUGCUACAGAAGUUAUGGAUUUGAAUGGAGGAAGAGAUCCUUGUCAGGAUGAGUUUCUGGAGAAGGAAUUUAACCAAGCUGAUGACCGCAAUGCAGAAACUUAUCUAUGCAAUGGAGUAUUGCCAUCUGAACUGGAUCAAAAGCUUUGUCAUCUGCUCAUUGAACAACAAGAAGGCCAGAUAGUGGAGUUAGAGUCUGAGCUUCGCCAAACUCAUUCGAAACUCCACGAGAAAGAAGCUGAGCUCCAAGCGCUCAAGGAUUGUGUCCGACGUCUUACUGAAUUUUCCCUAGGUAAUGCUUCAGAUGAAGAGACUGAUGGCAAAAUGGAAGAUGAGAUCAUUGUUGGUGGGGAUCAAGAGAAGAAAAUUGAACCUGAAGUAGGGAAAUCAAUAAUUGGGAUGAAAAGAUCAAUGAUCUUUUGAGUAUUAUUAAGUACUAACAAAUGAAAAGUCGAUAAAGUUGUCUCCGUGUGAUCGUGUAAGCAGUCACUAAUGUUUGCAUUAUGUUAGGUUGUCUACAUUGUACCUCUUGAGGUGCGAUCCUUCUCAGGCCUUGCUAAUAUAAGAUGUUUUGUGCAUCGAACUAUCUGUAAAUUAAAUAUGAUGGUUCACAAAGAUGAAACUGUUGGAUUGUUACCUUAGUGAAGAAAAUAUAUUUAAUAGUACAAUCACCUCAUAACUUUAUUUUCUAGAA